AUUUUCGAAAAAAAAAAAAUUAUCACUAUAUUAAUAAUCGUGAUUUUUGAUAAGUUAAAUAAAUAAGAUCGCCCUAGUGUUUGCUUUUAUUUGGGUUUCUCUCUCGCGUUUGCAUAUAUGCUCGGGAGAAAGGCUCUCCCUACAGUUUAGGAUAUCAGUAACCUGAAUUUAUGAUGGGUGGAAGUUCUAUUGAUGAAGAUUGGGAGCUUGCUUCCUCAUGUAAUGAGGUUCGGACUGUGGUCUUAGUUGGACGUACUGGCAAUGGGAAGAGUGCAACAGGUAAUUCUAUUAUUGGAAGGAAGGUCUUCAACUCAAGGGCUAGCUCCUCUGCUGUAACCACCUCAUGUGAAUUACAGACAACUGUUCUGGGUGAUGGACAAACUAUUAAUGUUAUUGACACCCCAGGACUGUUUGAUUUUUCCGCUGGAGCUGAGUUCGUUGGCAAGGAAAUAGUCAAAUGCAUUGAUAUGGCUAAGGAUGGGAUCCAUGCCGUCCUUGUUGUGUUCUCUGUUAGAACACGCUUUACUCAGGAAGAAGAAACUGCUCUACGCAGCUUGCAGACAUUAUUUGGAAGCAAAAUUGUUGACUACAUGAUCGUGGUCUUCACUGGAGGAGAUGACUUAGAAGAAAAUGAUGAGACACUGGAAGAUUAUCUAGGUCGCCAUUGUCCGCAGCCUUUAAAGGAAAUUCUUUCUCUGUGUGAGAAUCGUUGCGUGCUUUUUGAUAACAAGACUAAGGAUGAAAGGAAGCGGUUUGGGCAAGUACAACAACUUCUCUCAUUUGUAAACAUGGUUAUAUCACAGAAUGGUGGACGGCCAUAUACAGAUGAGUUAUUUACAGAACUGAAGGGAGCAAUGAAGCUGCAUAACCAACAAAGAGAGGUUGAUUCCAUGGAAGGAUAUUCAAAAGGAGAGGUAUUGGAGUUUAAAAAGCAAAUGCAGCAAACAUAUGAUGACCAGCUAAAACGAAUUACUGAGAUGGUUGAAUCAAAGUUGAGGGAGGCAACUAUGAGGCUUGAGCAACAAUUGGCAGAAGAGCAUUCUGCAAGACUUGAGGCAGAGAAGAAUGCAAUGUUGGCUCAAAAGAGAUCAGAUGAUGAAAUUCGGAAACUCAGAGAACACCUUGAGAUUGCACAUGAAGAACUCCGCAAGCGGGGUGAAAGUCGUUGUGCUAUUCUCUGAUAGUACCUACUUCAAACUUCAAAAAGUUUAUUUUAUUUCUCUACUGGAUCAUGACAUCAAGUAUUUGUUGCAUUUGUUGAUGCUUGUGUAAAUCCCAUGACUACUAUGCAAUUAUUAUUAUUCUGUGUGCAUUUUGAGAUUGGGGAUCUUUUUAAUUUGGCGCUCAUACUUCUCUAGUCAUUUUAAUACGAAAUUGA